CGAGGGGCCUCCUCUGGGGGCGGCUGCUGGGGAGGAGCAUCUUGCCGGGAGGGCGAGGACCCGGCCGGAGGAGACGGGCAGGCAGAAGCGGCUGUGCGAGUCGGGCCGACGGGUAGAUGGAGGCGUCCCGCCGGGGCGACUGCUCCGGCGACCGGCUGUGCACCGCCGCCGCCCGCGGGGACAGCGAGGAGGUGCGGAAGCUCCUGGACGCGGGCGCGGAUCCCAACGCGACCAACUCUUUUGGAAGGACCCCGCUCCAGGUGAUGAUGCUGGGCAGCCCGCGGGUGGCGGAGCUGCUGCUGCAGCGCGGCGCCGACCCCAACCGCCCGGACCCGCGCACCGGCUGCUUCCCGGCGCACGACGCGGCCCGCGCCGGCUUCCUGGAGACGCUGGCGGCGCUACACAGAGCCGGGGCGCGCCUCGACCUGCCCGAUGGCAGCGGCCGCCUCCCCCUCGACGUGGCGGCGGGGGGACCGCACGGACCGGUGGCCAGGUUCCUCCGCCACCCGCCACCCCUUCCCGCAGCCGCCCAGGUAGCCGAGCUGGCCGCGGAAGGGGCUAAGCGCUGACCCGACCCCCGCGUCCCACCCCGCAGCGGCUGGCAGCAUUCCCUGCCUCUCUCCCUUCGAUCGCCGAGACCCUCUCCGCUUCCCCGUCUCCGCGGCAGGUCCCUUCGUCCCGCCGACCUGGCCCGCAGCGAGCGCCCACGGCUGGCGGUGCUCCCGGGACCCCGGCCGCUGGGGAAGGUGUUUCACUGUCCCUCUGCCCCAGAGCUCUCCCCGCUGAUCCCCGGGCACUCCGUGUCCCUUUUCUGCGAGCUACGCAUACUGAUGCAUUUUCUAAGAAAAAGCUUAAAGAAUCAAAACUCUUCUGCGGGG